AAUUUCAUUUGGUGAGAGAGAAAAAGGUUAAAACCUAAGGGCCAACCUGAACAGAAGAGAGCCUGCAUGAAUUUAGGAGUUCACUAGUUUCUGUUUCUUCUGAGAAAGCAUCAAGAAAGCCUCGUAAUGCUUAAGCUGUUUUCAUAAUUUGGCAUAUUUGAGGAAAAAAAAAGGUCUUUUUUCGGUGAUUAAAAUCAGGACUCGUUUGACCGGUUUUUGUGGUUUCCACGCCGUCCUGUUUAUGCGGUGCAGACAAAUUCUACUACCGUCGGAAUGGAAAAGCCUGUCGCCAUUUAUGAUGACAACUUUGCGAAGAGGGCUUCUACUUUUGCCUAUAGGUAUCAGGGCACAGAAAAGAAGCUGUCGACUUUCUCAUACACCUAUCAUGACGAUUUUGGUGAGCCAUACGAGCCCUACUUGGAUUUGGAGGAACUAAUUGAGCGUGCUCUCCUGCAUGAUGAUGUGGAUGAAUUUACUUCUUUGAUAGAUGAGUAUAAAAGUGCAAAAGAUGUGCCUGAACGGGUUUUGACUCAAAUGUUUACACUCGAUGCUGUCCAAUGUUUUACUGCUGCACUGAAUGGGCAAACAAAAAGCAAAUUUUGUUUAUAUGGACAUGAAUGUUUUUCUGGCUGUAGCAAGCCCCCCCUUUUGCAUCUGGCAGCAUCAUAUGCAUCUGUUGAAAUAACGAAAAAGUUGCUCGCCUGUGGGGCUGGAGCUGGAGUAGAUGACAAGUGUGAGACUGACUUUGAUGACAUGAAGGGUUUGCUGCCACUUGAUCUUGCCGUUGGAGCUGCAGGGUCAGGCAUAUGGAUCGAUGGUUGGACCAGGAGGGAUUCAAUCUUCAGGCUCAUUUAUAGUCUUUGUAGGGCGAGAAAGAGAUUUGCUUUAGAAAUUGUUAGACUGCUUGCACAAAGGACAAAGUCUGUUAAGGAAGAAUUUGUUAAUUAUGUUAAGAAUCGCAAACUCGUUGCAGUGGCUGCUCUUCUGAUGGUAGCCCAUAAAAUAGUAAUGCCUUUAAAACUUUCCAAGGAAGCACAUGGCCUUCCUUUAGAUGAAGUGAUUCAUAUUGAGGAUCUUGUGGCAAACGAGAUAACAGUUUUAGAUAUGCUUCAAAGGAGAUCCUUGUAUGCAAAGUUGGAUAAUGAGCUGCUUCAGAAAUGGAAGGAUAAAAGGCUCACAAUGAAGAUGAUAUUGCUGUUAUUUGGCAUAUUUGAGCGGAUUGGUGAUUCUUUGGGAGCAUGUCUCCAAUUAGAUCCACGUCAGACUGAUGAUAAAUUGGCUGCACAGAUUGCCUGGAUUUUCAAGAAAGUAGGAUUGCCUGUGAAGGAUAGAGACAUUCAUGGCGUUCGCAGCAAGGGUGUUGGUGACAGUCCAGAUUGGAUAAAUGAGCUAUUUAAUCCAACAAAGGUUGAGCCAAGCAGUUUCGAUGUUUUUGCACUCAUGGACAAAAGGGAUUUGGAUGAACACAGGAUAGAAGUUCCCAAAGUACAGGCAUUACUUGGUCAAUCGUGCAAGCAACAAGCAUUAUAUGGUAUUCCUGUUGGCCGACCAUCGUAUCACACACUGGCUUUUCAGGGAGCAAACCAGGAAUUUGGAUCUGCUGCUCAACGGAGAAUGACAUCUAAUAUGGUUCCAAAUGCUCGCAUCACCAACCAUUGUGCUUUUUUUGUGACAACGUUGAGAAGGGGGAUGCGAUACAUUAAGAUGGUCUGAUAUGGUGCUUUGAAAGUAGUGCCUUGGUGGGUUAUCUCUAACACUUGAUUGAUUGUCAGUCUUAGUGAAAAAGUUUAGAAACGCAAUAGCGAACUAAAAUAGAAUGAAAAAAAUCUCUUCAAACUUUAGCUAUCCUAAGAAAGUUUGAGUAGCAUAAGAUGAGAUGGUCUUCCUAAUACAAGACAUCGACAUAACAAUGUUAUGUAAA